GUUUCUGUGUUUAGCUUAUGGCUGUUUUACUUGUCAUUCAGACAUCCCAGGAAUUCAACACGACUACGAACCAACCAGCUCGACACAACAAGGACAUUUUAGGUCAAAACCGUGUCCUUGUCGCCGCGAAAGGUCGAGGAGACGUCGUUUUGUCGUCAAAAUAGGACAAGUGUCGAGGAAAGCGGCAGUUACAGGCACUGCAGCAUGCAGAUGUGAAGUCAGAUCCCUGCGACCCUCUGCUGCAACCCUGGACUGAGUGACAUCCUCUUCAUCCCCUUCACUGUCAUCAUACAUGCUCUUACAUGAAGAGAGGGGAGAAACCCGAAGGAUACAGACAGAUGAGGCCCAAAACGUUCCCUGCCAGCAACUACAGCGGCAACAGCCAGCAAAUGCUGCAGGAAAUAAGGAACAGCCUGCGCAACCUGUCCAAACCCUCUGACCCACCUAAAGUGGACAUAGGUGGAGCUGGGAAAAUGCUUCCCGAGGAUCCAAGGCAGCAAGGACGCUGCAGCAACCCCAAAAACCCCUACCAUAAGGCCUUACAGGAGAUCCGGAAAUCCUUGAUGCCCUUUGCCAAUGAGCCUAACACUUCAGGCCCUGAGGUGAACAAACACAUGUUACUGGAACCCCCAUGUGCAGGAUUCGAGGAGCUAAACAACAGUCGCAUUAUGGGGGUGGCUAUAGACUACAUGGGUAAGGUGACCUACCAGGACUCGAUGAGGGAACAGAUGGCUGCUGCCAACCCCAACACUACAGGCCACAAAGCCCCAGGUGCUUCCCAUAUGCAACAGUCUGUGCUGAGGAGGCCGAGCUGGAAAGGCUCUAAGGAGUCUCUGGCUCCUCGACAUGGUCCUAUCAUGGUAGAUGGAAUGAUGUACCGCUCUGACAGCCCUGGACCACCCCCUACCUUCCCACAGGGUCACCUUGCUAACAGCCAGAGAGUCAACCCUCCACUGCCGCCUCAGGUGCGCAGUGUGACACCUCCACCGAACCGCGGUGCCAUGCCUCCUGCAACGUCCUGGGACAGCAACCCAUCAACCAAGCGCUACUCUGGUAACAUGGAUUACAUUGUUCCCCGCAUCUCUCCGGUACCCCAGGGGGCCUGGCCUGAUGGGUACCCAGCCGCAGCACCUCAGAAUCAGCGCGGGAUGAGCCCAGUGUCUGUUGGCCACCAGCCCAUCAUAAUGCAAAGCUCUGGAGGAAGUAAGUUCACCUUCCCCUCCAACUGGUCUCAGAAUGGCUCCCCUCAGCCAGACUACAUGGCGGGGGGCAGCCGACAGCCCCCUCCCCCUUACCCGGUCAACCAGAGCAGCCGGCACAGUCCCACUGAUCAGCAGAUGCAGGCAGGAGGACCUGCAUCCUCUCCCUCUUACGUCAACGGCGGAAACAUCCCCCAGUCCAUGAUGGUUCCUAACCGGAACAGCCACAACCUUGACAUGUGCAACAUAGGUCCUCCUCAAUCCUGGUCUCAACCCCCUCUGGCCCCUAACCAGUCACAGUCUUCCUCCGGCAACAGCAGCAACCAGGAUCUGUCCCCAUCAUGGCAGCACAACAUGCCGGUCCGCUCCAACUCCUUCAACAACCACCAGCUGAAUGGCAGAGCGGCCCACCCAGCCAGCUCUCAGCCCUCAGCCACCACAGUCACUGCCAUCACCCAGGCUCCCAUCCUGCAGCCAGUCAAAAGCAUGCGUGUUCACAAACCUGAGUUACACACUGCCGUUGCACCCACACACCCUCCGUGGUUGCAGCAGGCUCCACCCCCCCCGGCUGCACCUGCCUACCCAGAACCCGCAGCUCCUGUUCCUCAGAUCCCUGUAGUAGCAGAGGUACCCAGCUACCAGGGUCCCCCUCCGCCCUACCCUAAACACCUCCUCCAGCAGGCAGCUGCACCCUUCCCCCCGGCAUACGAUCCAGGCGCCGGUAAGCUCAGCUCUGGCAGGGACGAGCCAGCUGAGGAGGAAGGCAGCGGCGCUGACAACGCCAGAGACAAGACGGCAGAAAACCCCAAAAGCACCACAGUGACGGAGAAGGAGAAGAAACAGAUCACAACAUCGCCUGUUCCUGUCCGCCGUAACAAGAAGGACGAGGAGCGGAGGGGGGAGUCGGGCAGAAUCGCACUGUACUCCCCUCAGGCUUUCAAGUUCUUUAUGGAGCAACAUGUGGAGAACAUCCUAAAGAACCAUCAACAGCGGAUCAGAAGGAGGAAACAACUGGAAAGUGAGAUGCAAAGGGUGGGUUUGUCUUCAGAAGCCCAGGAGCAGAUGCGUAUGAUGCUCUGUCAGAAAGAGUCCAACUACAUCCGGCUAAAGCGAGCCAAGAUGGAUAAGUCCAUGUUCAAACGAAUCAAGACCCUCGGCAUCGGCGCUUUUGGUGAGGUGUGUCUGGCAAGAAAAGAGGACACAGGAGCGCUGUACGCCAUGAAAACUCUUCGUAAGAAGGAUGUGCUGCUGAGGAACCAGGUGGCCCACGUGAAGGCUGAAAGGGAUAUCCUGGCUGAGGCCGACAAUGAGUGGGUCGUGCGUCUCUACUACUCUUUCCAAGACAAGGACAACCUGUACUUCGUCAUGGAGUACAUCCCUGGAGGCGACAUGAUGAGCCUUCUCAUCCGGCUCGGCAUCUUCAGAGAAGAGCUGGCUCAGUUUUACAUCGCAGAGCUCACCUGCGCUGUGGAGAGCGUCCACAAGAUGGGCUUCAUCCACCGGGACAUCAAGCCUGAUAACAUCCUCAUAGAUCGAGACGGACACAUAAAGCUGACCGAUUUUGGCCUUUGUACUGGGUUCCGCUGGACACAUGACUCCAAAUAUUACCAGAGUGGGGACCAUGUGAGGCAGGACAGCAUGGACUUCAGUAAGGAAUGGGAAGACCCAGCUAACUGCCGCUGUACGGACCGUCUGAAGCCUCUGGAGAGGAGGAAGGCCCGGCAGCACCAGCGCUGCCUGGCUCAUUCACUGGUGGGGACGCCCAACUACAUAGCACCAGAGGUGCUGCUCCGAACAGGAUACACCCAGCUCUGUGAUUGGUGGAGCGUCGGCGUCAUCCUGUACGAAAUGGUCGUUGGACAGCCUCCCUUCUUGGCGACCACACCCCUGGAGACGCAGCUGAAGGUGAUCAACUGGAAGAGCACGCUGCACAUUCCCCCGCCAGCCAAGCUCAGCCCGGAGGCGUCGGAUCUCAUAGUCAAACUGUGCCGCGGCCCCGAGGACCGCCUCGGUAAGAACGGUGCCGACGAAAUCAAAGCUCAUCCUUUCUUCAGGACCAUCGACUUCUCCAGCGACCUGAGACAGCAGGUGGCGCCCUACAUCCCCACCAUCGCCCACUCCACAGACACCUCCAACUUCGACCCCGUGGACCCGGACAAACUGUGGAGCAGCGACAGUGACGGCGAGGACAACCACAACGACACCCUCAACGGCUGGUUCCGCAACGGCAAACACCCCGAACACGCCUUCUACGAGUUCACCUUCCGCCGCUUCUUUGACGACAACGGCCACCCGUACAGCUGCCCCAAACCCAUCGAGUAUGAGGGCUAUAACGAGGACGAGGUGGACUCGGAGGGCCCGGUGCGGGAGGCAGCCGGUAGCUCAGUGACACAGGGCCGAGACCUGGUCUACGUCUAGCACUUGGGGCCAGCUGAGCCGCUUGUACAAAAUGAGUUUGCGGAGGGUGAUUGUGCGUGUGACGGGGGUUGCUAUGGUACAGCAUUAAAAAUCUUAAACAUAGGAAAAUAUGUUUGUAGGAUCAGUCAGAACACUCAAUCAAUAGACUUUAAUGUUAAUACAAAAAAAAAAAAUGACACUACAAGUUAAAGGAAUGGUUUGACAUUUUGGGAAAAACACGACAAUUAGCUUUUCUUGCCGAGAGUUAGAUGAGAACGUCGACGUGUUGCUCAUGUUUGUACGGUAAAUAUGAAGCUACGGCUAGCAGCUGGUCAGCUGAGCACAAAGACUGGAAACGGGGAACAUUUGCUCUGUUCAACGGCCACAAAAUCAGCCCACCUGCCCCUUUAAAGCUCAACCGAAAAAGAUUAUAUUCAUUAUCGACCAUUCGUUUUGCUUAUAUGUCACUAAAUGGUAAAAAAUGUUAAUGCCAGUCAUAAUUUUUGUCCUGGCAAGGUGACGUAUCCAGAUGUCUUGUUUUGUCCAACCAACAGUCCAGAACCCAGAGAUAUUCAGUUUGGUCACAUAAUAGAAAGAAAAGCAUCAAAUCCUCAGAUUGAGAUGAUUGAGAUCCUCAGAUGAGAAUUUUGUAUGGAUCAAACAAACAAGAUUUAAUUUGUUAUGUAGUGGGUUGGCCUUGGUGGCGUGGUGAGCGCUAUCGGUCUUCUCAUCAAACCUCCCAAAAAAAAAAAAAAAUGUUGAACUGUUCCUUUAAUGUGUUAGAGGUACACUGUAUGAUGCACGCUGCCUGAAAAUCUUCAGAGGAAUCGAAAGCAGAAAAAAAAAAAAGAAAUAAUAAUCAGGGUGCUCUCCUCUGACGACUUAUCGCAAACCCCCCCUUAAAGCCUUAAUUUAUUUCAGAAAAUUGUAACCGGUGACGCUAGUGUAGAUGCUGCUUGAGUGUGGGAAUUCUUCUGUUGGAAUUACGUUUAUUGGUUAAAAAAAGAAAAAGAAAAAAAAAGUCUUAAUUUAUAUUUUAAUGUCUGUUGCAAUGGGGGAUUUAGUGUUGUGACUCAUAGAAAUUUGCAGGGAUAAAUUGCUCUAAUUAUUCAUUGCUGUGCCUUUUUUGAUCUUUUUUUUUUGUUUGUUUGUCUUUCACCAAAUAUAAAGAGGGUUAAUAAUCAGACUGGCAUUUAAAAUGAGAGUAGCAGUAGCGUGAUUGAACUACAGUAGGUUUUUUGUUGUUUUAUUUUUCUAAUUUAUACCUAAAACGUAUUUAUAAAUUAAGUUGUACACAGUUGAUGUAAAUAUUUUUCUCUUCCCUGUCAGCUGAUUUGUUAUUUUUUGUUUUGUUUUGGUUUUUUUUUCCUUAGGGCAGGCCCUCGUCAGUGUCCACUGCUGAAGCCUUCUGUCUUUUGUGUCGUGCGUUUCUCUCUUACACCCAAAAUCACUCGUUCACAGGACUCUAAAAUAGAUUUAAUGUCUUUUUGUAAAACUUUCUUUCAUUGCCGUUCUCGUCUCUCAACCAAAGCACUAAAUAGGUGGGUUUUUACUUUUUCUUUUUUUUUUUUUGGCAAUAACCCACAUUUAGAAAAUAACGAUCACAAGACCAUGAAAUUAAUGUUUAUGGCGAUGCUACAGUGUCAAACCAGAAAUGCCUUGCUUUUAGGUACCGUAUCACUUCAUUCUGUAGUACUCGGCUUUUGUUUGCAAGGACCCAGGGGGAAGCUUGAAACCCAGUUCCUUCAAAGUAGUUUUCCCAUUUCCCGUCUUUGAGAAACGCUACGGCCGACCGCCACGCGUUGAGUCUUUUCGUGCCUCUGUACUGAAAACAGAAAAGAAAAACUGGAUCGAUGGGCCGACAGUGGAGAGAACGGCUCUCCAUAACAUAUCAUGAUGGUGAUUUUUUUUUUGGUAACCCGCUGUACUUUUCUUUGUGUUUAGGAAAAAGAUCUCUGAAUGUAGUUAUUAUGGACUUAAUGGUGACCACUGGCAUUCUGCACUGGUUUUGUGUUUUCAUUGUAAGUGAGAGAUUUUUAUUUUUGUGUACAUUAUUGCUCUGGGAGGUUUGGGUACAGGGAAGAGGGUGAUAAAUAAAGAAUGUAAAGAACAAAUCAUG